UCGGGAUAUCAUCAAAUCUCUAUCCGGCCGAACGAUCGCUACAAAUCCGCGUUCAGGAUGCGGUACGGGCAUUUUGAGUGGGUGGUUAUGCCUUUUAGCCUCACCAACGCCCCGACGACCUUUCAAGCGGCUAUGACCAACGAGUUUCGUGCAAUGUUGGACCGGUUCGUGCUGGUCUACUUAGACGAUAUUCUCGUCUAUAGCCGGACAUUGGAGGAUCAUCUUGGGCAUCUUCGACGAGUGUUGGAGACGCUCCGCAGCGCCAAGAACAAGGUCAACCGCGACAAGUGCGAAUUUGUCCGGCAAGAGCUGGAAUACUUGAGCCAUUUUGUCACACCGGAGGGCAUCAGUCCGCUAUCAGACAAAAUUCAAGCCAUCCAAGAGUGGCCGGAGCCACGGAACGUCACGGAUGUCCGUUCGUUCCUUGGUCUCGCCGGCUACUACCAGCGUUUCAUCAAGGGCUACUCGAAGAUCGCUGCCCCCUUGACCAAGCUUCAAUGCGAGGAUCGACCGUUUGACUUCGGGGAGGAUGGGUGGGAAUCAUUUUUGGCUCUCAAAGCCGCGCUAUUAUCUGCGGAGGUCUUGCGCAUAUACGACCCGCUUUUGCCUACGCGCGUCACUACGGAUGCAUCCGGCUAUGGCAUUGGCGCCGUCCUCGAGUAACAUGAUAACGUGGACUAGCACCCGGUCAAGUAUUUCAGCAAGAAAG